AUGCGUCUCGCAGACUACAUCGAGGCCAGCAAGAUUAUCGGUGCUCUGGAUAAACCCCCCUCACAGGAGGGAAUCCCUCUCGAUUCAGUUGAAUCAUCCACACCCGGCAUGAUAACUGUCAUCAGGGGAGUCCCCAAACUAGCAUUUCUUCAUGGCCUUGGGAACAGACUCAAUCUACCGGCAAAAGACCUGUUAGAGCAUCUGGAAUUUUCCAAGUCGUUUCGAAUACGCCCUCUACCCUCACGCAGAAGUAACGUCGUGAUAGUCCGGUUCAUCAGUCUGGGCUCUUUUGUUUUUCAACAGCCACCGCACCCCAGAACCAUGGCUGGAUUGUCCGAAAAGCUUGCCGAAAAAAUGCAGAGUCACUGUCAAGAGUGCCUGGAGAACCAACGGGCUGGAGUGGACGUCUUUCGUGGAGUAAAUCUCCAUGACGCUGGGUUCUUCUCCGUCGAGCAACAAGCCACAUUCUUCCCCUAUCUCGAAUCGGCAGUCGACAAAGGCUGGUCCGGCAUCCUUCUCAGUGACUCUGGUCGGAUGAACAGAAUACCACCCUGGACGGCCGUUGCGCCUGAUGUGCAUUUUCAUCCCGUCAGCACAUCUGGCCCCUCCUCCAUGGAAUGGCAAACGCAGCGCCGAGACGGCAAUGAUCCCCGCUUUCUUCGCCCCGAACCAUUUCUUUCCCGCUCAAUGGCUGACUGCAUAAUGUCUCAAUCUGAACAAAUCAUGUGUCAGAGAGAUUGGUUUGUCUUUGUCGCUGACCUUCUGGAUACAUCGGCUCUCUCAUGGGCCAAAUUCCUCAGCUUUAUACGUGCUUCACAUGAAGUCAUGUCCGGGGACCCAGAAUAUCAAGCUGGGUGUCUUCGUGCAGACAAAAAGGUCUUGGACCGCGCCGUACAAUACUUUGACGAUGUUAUUCGGUUUAUCGGUGAGAGGAAUGAGGCAAGAGACAUGGGUAGCACCCAACCCGACCUUGACAGAGAUCCUACCGAAACCGCCACGCGACUUAUGAAAGAUUUCCAGUUCCUCCAAGAGGAAGCAGGUAAGCUUUCCAAGUUAUGUAGCGAUUCGGUCGGCAUUGCUAUGAAUACCAUCAGCAUCGCGGACUCUCGAAGAAGCAUGGCGCAGGCUCAGCGCACCCAGGUUAUUAGUUACCUGGCUUAUUUGUUUCUUCCCUUGAGUCUAAUUGCAUCAUUGUUUGGAAUGAAUGUGCAAGAGCUUGUAGAAUCGGGCCCGAGGCUCUCGCUUUAUUUUGCAGUCGCAUUGCCCUUUACUGUGCUUUCUAUCUUAUUCCCUCAGAUAAUGGCAGUCGGCCGGCGGUAUGUACCAUAUCUCGGUUUCCAGGCAAAAGUGUUCUCCAAGCGCCGUGAUAUGGUGGAUUGA